AUGGCCGACAAGCAACAAGGCGGUGCCGGUGCCGCAGCAGAUUCAGGUGGAAGCGUGUCAGCCAACAUGGCAGAAUACAAGAAAUCCCAAGCGCGCGUGCGCGAUCUCGUCGAGAAGAGGAGACUUUUGGAAAAGAGACUCGCCCAGGUCGAAGACGGGAUCGCCUCUAAGGAGCUGGCGUACCUCGAGAGCGCACCGAGCGGGAACAUCAUCACUGGGUUUGAUAACUACAUGAAGGGCACGAGCGGCGCCGCCGCGCAGAGGCGAAAGACGGGUCCCCCGGAGCAGAACCGGGUCUUCUCGCGGUCGUCCAUCUCGUACCGACCAAACAACGCUGACUCUGCUACGCCGGGCUCGACACCUGCAUCGCAUGCCCCGACUCCCAUGUCCGCCUCGUUCAAGGACAGCGGGAACGCCACGCCUACUACUACCGGAGGAAGUAAGAACCAGAAGAAGGGAAAGAAGGACGUGGACGACAGCGAGGCCGAGUCGGGGACGAACAAGAAGAGGACGAACUUUGGGGCGUCUCGAAAGUAG